AGAGACGUUGAGGGCGGACGCGGACGGAGGAGCUUGGGCGUCUCGGAGAGCGGGCCAGGAUGGAGAAGCGAGGCCGAGGCGGGAAGCUGCCCGCACACCAGCCCGCUCAGCAGCCACCGUCGACGCCUCGGAAAGAGAGGAGGCCGAGCAUGUUCGAGAAGGAGGCCUACGCACAAAUUUUGAGAGAAAGACUGAGAGAAUCGUUUCAUGAUGUUCAGUAUGUAGAGCCUCCAUUUGAUGACUCAAUUGCCGAUUUAGGUAAAGAGUGGAAGAGUGCCCUGGCAAAGUUAAAGUUUGCUAAUUCAUAUAGAAUGGAGCCAUUGAAAAAAUUCCAAGCUCAUUCAGUAGAAACUAAAGUCCAGCAGAUAUUAAAGGAAAGUCUUGAAGAUGUCAAAUAUGAUGAUAAAGUCUUCUCUCAUUUGUCACUUGAAUUAGCAGACCGCAUAUUGUUAGCGGUGAAAGAAUUUGGGUACCACCGUUAUAAGUUCAUUAUAAAAGUAUUAUUUAUUCAAAAGACUGGUCAGGCAAUAAAUAUUGCCAGCAGGUGGAUCUGGGAUGUUGCGUGGGACAGCUGGGUUGCAGCUAAACAUGAAACUGAAGCUUAUGUGGCCUUGGCCUUGGUAUUUGCUCUUUAUUGUGAAUAGCUUGUUACGUGUGCUAGAGAGUGGUUACUCUUCAACUUUUCAAAAAUACAUCGUUUAUAGAUUUAUGAACCUCAUAGUAGGUUUUAUUAGCUAUAUUUUUAUCUCCAAUUGAACUUCUUAAUUGUAUUCUUUUAACAACAAGUAAAAGUUAGAUUUUUGCCCUUGUA